AGAUACUUUUCAAAUUCUUGUGGCGGCCAACAAAGCAGUUCAUCUACACAAGAUCGGCAAAAUGAAGACCAGAUCUCUCUAUGCAGAAAUUAUUUUCAGCCUUUCACCAAACAACAAUAUUUCAGAUGCAUUUAAAAAGUUUGGCAUUUCAGACAGUGACACAGCAGUACUCAUUGUUCUGGUUGUGGAUGGAGAAAAAACUGUAAAUCUGGAAGAUCUCACGUCUCAGGUAGAAGGCCAACAGGUUCCUCUAGAUGAACUCCCCCAGCUAACAGACACUGCCAAGAUUAAAAAGAUGUACAAAGUUACUCCACAGGAAGAAAAAAUCAGCACCUUAUUGGAUAGCGUUGUUUGCAGAAUGUCAACAAAGGAUGUUUUAUGAAAAUGUGGAAAUAAAUUUUUUUGAAG